CCCGGUACUGGCCACGCCCCCUCGUCUUGCCCCGCCCACGCGCAGGCUGCGCCCCCGGAAGCGAAGCGCGCAAUGGCGGGAACCAAGCGGGUGCUAUACGUGGGCGGGCUGGCGGAGGAGGUGGACGAAAAGGUGCUGCACGCCGCCUUCAUCCCCUUCGGCGACAUCACUGACAUCCAAAUCCCACUGGACUACGAGACGGAGAAGCACCGGGGCUUUGCCUUCAUCGAGUUCGAGCUGGCAGAGGAUGCGGCAGCAGCUAUUGACAACAUGAACGAGUCUGAGCUCUUUGGCAGGACAAUCCGCGUGAACUUGGCCAAACCAAUGCGGAUUAAAGAAGGAUCAUCCAGGCCUGUCUGGUCAGAUGACGAUUGGCUGAAGAAGUUUUCAGGGAAGACUCUGGAGGAGAACAUAGAGGAGACAGGAUCAGAGGCGCCCAAAACAGAGGCACAGGAGGGCGAGCCUCCUGCCAAGAAAUCUCGAGUCAACCCUCAGGUUUACAUGGACAUCAAGAUUGGAAACAAACCCGCGGGGCGGCUGCAGAUCCUCCUGCGCUCUGACGUGGUGCCCAUGACCACGGAGAAUUUCCGCUGCCUUUGCACCCAUGAGAAAGGCUUUGGCUUCAAAGGGAGCAGCUUCCACCGCAUCAUCCCCCAGUUCAUGUGCCAGGCCGGCGACUUCACCAACCAUAAUGGCACCGGAGGCAAAUCCAUCUACGGGAAGAAGUUUGAUGAUGAAAACUUCAUUCUCAAGCACACGGGACCAGGGCUGUUAUCCAUGGCAAACUCUGGCCCAAACACCAAUGGCUCCCAGUUCUUCAUCACUUGCGAUAAAACGGACUGGCUGGACGGGAAGCAUGUGGUGUUUGGUGAGGUGACAGAGGGCAUGGAGGUGGUGCGGGAGAUCGAGGCUCAGGGCACCAAAGACGGGAAACCGAAGCAGAAGGUGAUUAUCUCGGACUGCGGGGAAUGCCCGUGAGCUCGGCUCUUGGAGAGGACUGGAUGGGGCGAGCCGGGCUGGGAAGGGCUGGGGAGCUGGCUGGGGUGGGACAGCCCCGCGACCUCCAGGCGGAGCACGACUCCCACGGCUCUGGUCAGAAUUCCCCUGCAAAGCCUCGUGUGAAUGUGCCUGCGGACAGAGCUGCGGGGUCUGACCCUGCUGGGGAUGAAUUGCGUCUCGGCCUGCACUGGCCGUGCUGCCCUGAGUUUGGGCCGGGCUGGUUCUGCUGCAGGGUUCUGGAAAAAGUUUAUAUUUGGUAAAAAUAAAGCGUAGCGUUAAACAUA